AUGGCCUCUGAACCCAUUGCUAUCAUUGGAGCGGGCUGCCGCUUCCCAGGUGAUGUCGACUCACCGUCAAAGCUAUGGGAGUUACUGAAGCAACCUAGAGACCUGCUCUCUGAGAUUCCCCGGGAACGAUACAACGUUGAGGCUUUUUACCACCCAGAUGGGAAACAUCACAAUGCCACCAAUGUUAGGCACUCCUACUUCCUAAGCGAGAAUCCUCACGCCUGGGACGCCAACUUCUUUUCCAUCAAGCCUCAAGAAGCAGAAUGUAUGGACCCCCAGCACAGGCUAACGCUGGAAGUUGUCUAUGAGGCUCUGUGCAAUGCUGGUCUUCGAAUGGAAGAUCUCCAGGGCUCAUCGACCGCGGCAUAUGUUGGCUUGAUGUCUUCUGAUUACACUGAUAUCAUGCAGCAUGAUCUCAAGAUGACCCCGCAACAUUUUGGUGUAGGCGUCGCGAACAGUCUGGCCUCAAAUCGUAUCUCUUACUUCUUCGACUGGCAUGGUCCGAGCGUCACUCUUGACACGGCUUGCAGCGGUAGUCUGGUGGCGGUUCAUCAUGCUGCUCGAGCUCUGAGAAAUGGAGACUGCUCUGUCGCCGUUGCAGCGGGAUCAAAUCUUCUCUUGGGACCUAAGCUCUACAUUGCCGAAAGUAAGCUGAGCAUGCUUUCACCUAGCGGCCGCUCACGUAUGUGGGACGCAGCUGCUGAUGGCUAUGGCCGUGGUGAAGGGAUUGGUGCAGUGAUCCUCAAGACGCUCGAUCAAGCUAUGAAAGAUGGGGACAAGAUUGACUGCAUCAUCCGGGAAACCGGAGUCAACCAGGAUGGCCGAACUCUGGGGAUUACAAUGCCCAGCAACCUUGCACAGGAAGCCCUUAUUAGAGAGACGUAUCGUCGAGCUGGUCUCGAUCCUUCCAACCCAACUAAUAGAUGCCAAUAUUUUGAGGCACACGGAACUGGAACACCAGCAGGUGAUCCUCAGGAAUCUCAGGCUAUAAGCCGAGCUUUUUUUGGUGAUCGCUCUCGCGGUGAAUACGAAGAACCUCUUUACGUGGGUAGUAUCAAGACUAUCAUUGGCCAUACAGAAGGCACAGCAGGUGUCGCAGGCCUUCUGAAAGCCUCCCUAGCCGUACAACAUGGGAUGAUUCCCCCGAAUAUGCUUUUUGAGAAUAUAAGCCCGAGAGUGGCGCCUUACUAUGAUGAUCUAAAGAUCGUUACCGGCGAAUGCCUCCCAUGGCCAUCUCUCCCAAAAGGCGUUCCCCGUCGAGCAAGUGUUAACUCAUUUGGAUACGGAGGAACCAACUGUCACGUAAUUGUUGAACAGUUCGUGAAUUUGCAGAACAAUCCCUCAGCAGAUCACCUUCUCAGUUCCUGCGUGCCACUGACAAUCUCGGCCAACUCUGAAAUUUCGUUGUGCGAUUCAAUAGAAAGACUUCUGAUCUAUCUGCGCCAGCAUCCACAAAUUUCGAUUAGAGAUGUUAGCUGGACUUUGUAUGAGAAACGCUCCGUGCUGCCGUUCCGCGUGGCAGUUCCUGCCCGUGACACGACAGAAGCAUGCACAAAUCUGGAGUGGAAGCUUGACGAACUCAAGGCCAAUGGAAAUGGGAAGACUGUGACAAAAACGGUAUUAACCAAAAGGAAACCUCGUGUGCUAGGUAUCUUUACUGGUCAAGGAGCUCAGUGGGCAGGCAUGGGGAAGAUGUUGUUGCAGCAUUCCGAGUAUGCCCGAGAAACUAUUGAUGAACUUGACGAUGCGCUUAGGAGUCUAUCAGCUGAAGAUAGACCCUCGUGGACGCUCCUUGAAGAACUGCAGAAAGACAAAGAUGCCUCGCGUGUCUAUGAGGCGGAGUUCUCUCAGCCAUUGUGUGCGGCUGUCCAAAUACUACUAGUGAAGCUGCUGAGAAUUGCUGGGGUUAACUUCACCACUGUUGUUGGUCACAGCUCCGGAGAGAUCGGAUGUGCUUUUGCUUCAGGAAGGUUGACUGCAUCUCAAGCGAUCAAAGCUGCGUACUUUCGUGGGCGCGUCCUCGAGGAAGCUGCAAGCCCUUCAGGUGCGUCCGGUGGCAUGCUGGCCGUUGGAACUAGCCUGAAAGAAGCUCGUGGUUUAUGUCUUUCAGAGAAGUUCACAGGUCGCAUUGGUGUGGCAGCGAGCAAUGGCCCUGAUAGUGUCACUCUUUCUGGUGAUUUAGACGCUAUUGAGGAAGCAAAAGCAGUUUUCGAUGGUGAACAUAAGUUUGCCAGAAUGUUGCGAGUCGAUAAAGCAUACCACUCACACCACAUGAAGUCAUGUGCAAGAACUUACAUAAGAAGUUUGAAGCCUUUUUUCCGGGUUCCUGGUGGCCGCAGUCAAUGCAAAUGGAUAUCUUCUGUUCACCCGCCACACCAAAUGACUUCACAUGACGCAAAUCCCGAGUACUGGAAGGACAACUUGGUAUCCCCCGUUUUAUUCUCUGAAGCAGUUGAAGCAGCUCUCGACUCCGAACCAGAGUUGUUUGACGUAAUCAUUGAGGUUGGACCUCACCCAGCCCUCAAGGGCCCUUGUCUUAGUACCGUUCAAAGUGCUAUUGGCAAAGAACUCCCAUAUAUUGGAUGUAUGGAGAGAAAUGGGGAUGACUGGAAUGCAUUAAGUUCCGCGCUUGGGUUCCUAUGGGAGCGGUUCGGCGCGAAAGCUGCCAACCUACCGUUACUUGACAGUGUGAUAUUUGGUGAUGGAAGUGCGCCAGCGCCUAAUAUGGUAACUGACCUACCAAUUUACCCUUGGGACCAUCGCCGGCUAUUUUACAGAGAGAGUAGGUUGUUGCAUAACUACCUCUUUGCCAAUGACAAGGUCCAGCACCCUUUUCUUGGAACUCUGGAUCCCAACACCACCGCAGAAUCAUGGAAAUGGCAUAACGUUCUACUUCCACGAGAAAUGAGUUGGUUAGAUGGCCAUCGAAUUCAAGGGCUAACGGUUCUUCCCGGAGCCUUUUACGUGGUCAUGGCUAUGGAGGCUGCGCUAUUGAUGCUCCCAGGAAAGAGGCAGGUCGCGUUAAUAGAGGUUAGGAGAUUACAACUCGGAAAAGCUAUAACUUUUGAUGGCGAGGACGAUGCUGCCGAGGUGACAUUUAAGAUGGACGUUUUAUCUCCAGUGCCUGAUGAUAAAGGAGUUUUUGAAUUGGUCUUCCAAUGUGAUUCAUGUCUAUCCAAGGAGCGCACUCUGUCUUGGUCGGCCAAGGGUAAGCUACUUGUCAUGCUGGGUUCCGAGUCUACUUUAGAGCUUGCUCCUCCAGCCAAAGAGCCCCCUCAUUUGGUAGAGACUUCUCCAGAUUUAUUCUACAAGGCUCAACUGGACUUGGGCUUCGGAUACACCGGCCACUUUCGAGGGCUAACCUCCAUUCGAAGAGCCACCGGUCAUGCCCGUGGGACAUUGAGGGUAGCUCCUCCAUUCGACGAGAGCACAUCACGAAAAUGGAUCAUCCACCCUGCGACGCUCGACCUUGCUCUACAGGCUCCAUAUGUUGCAUACCACGCUCCAAAGGAUGGCAGAGUACAGUCCGUCUAUGUUCCAGUCAUUAUUGAGCGCAUUGCAUUGAACCCCUUUAUUGCUCGGUCUAUAACAGAUGGUAGCAUCGACUUUUCAGCUGAUAACCUCGACGGAAAAUCGGCAGAUGUCUGCCUGUCCGUCAACGGUAACACCGUCGUUCAAAUCGAAGGAUUGAAAUCUCGUUCAUUCUCUGAUAGAUCUGAAGCAGAAGAUAGAGCGAUGUUCUCUAAAUGGGUAUGGGAACAGUGGCCUCCCAAACCCAUUGCUAGAGAUGACUCUUUCUCAGAAGAGGACAAGAGCGCCGCCACAGCAGCAGAGAGAAUGGUCUACUACUACACCAAAACUCUUAUGUCGAAUCUGUCCCAUGAUGACAAACAGGAAGCACUUACUGUCCAUCAGCAUAUGUUUAACUGGGCAGAACAUCUCUUCACUAUGGUUGCGUUGGGGGAGCAUCCAUUCUACCAAGCAGCCUGGGAAAGGGAUACAUCCGAAGAUAUCGAGCAACUGAUAGCACAGUAUCCUACGUCUGCCGAACUUCAAAUCGUCAAGCGAAUUGGCGAGAACUUAUCUGCAGCCAUUUUUGAUGACGCCGACAUGCACGAAAUUUUGACGCGAGAUGACCUUUUGGCAAGCUUGCUGGAUUCGAAACUCUACUCGGCGGGUUACAAACAUUUGGCGGAUAUGGUUUCUUCUUUAACACAUCGCUAUCCUGACAUUGAUGUGCUCGAAAUCGGAGCUGGUACCGGGAUGGCCACACGGCAUGUUUUACAGAAUCUAGCAUCAGUUUACAAGGGCUACACAUUCACCGAUAUCAACCCGGAGAUUGUCAAACAAGCCGAAGAGGACUUUUCCAAAACAACCAGUCGAAUGACAUUUCGUACCCUCGAUAUCAGCUCUAGUCCCGAGUAUCAAGGCUUUAAACCGCAUACGUAUGGUCUAGUGAUUGCGGCAAAUGUUUUCCAUGCUACCAAAGAUAUUUCCGAAGUUCUCACCAACGUACGGAGUCUAUUGAAACCCGGUGGUUAUCUGUUAAUGGUCAAUAUUACUAAUACCAAACAAAGUCGGCUUGACUUUAUCUUUGGAGCUUUGCCUGGUUGGUGGGACUCUAUUGACGAGGAACGAGGGCUGUCUCCUAUCGUUUCAUGGUCCUCUUGGGAUUCCCUCUUGCGUGACCAUGAUUUUUCCGGAAUAGAGUACCAUUCUCCACUAGCUGACGGCGAUUUGCGAGCUUCCGAUCUCAUGGUAUCUCGAUACAUGAGUGACAAGAUGAAUAUACUUGAACAAGCCUUGUCUCCAGCUUUCCGAGAGCUGGGCGCAUGGUUGUCGGAUACACCCAUCACAGUUAUAGGAGGUGCUACCCAAGCAUCAGCUCAAGUCCUGGAAGAUAUCCGACACUCUUUGCCAAAACGUUCAACUUGCUCAUACCAAAUAAUUAAGGGUAUUCCCAGAGAGAACAAAAGGUCAUACGUCAUCUUGUCGGAACUAGACAGCCCGCUGUUUGCUUCUCUGGAUGAUGAAAGUCUUAAUAGUUUGAAGGACUUAUUUUCGUCUGCUCGGACUAUUCUAUGGGUAACAACCGGCGCUUAUGCGGAAAAUCCAUAUCAAGCCAUGGUUGUUGGCUUCACGCGGACCUUGAGGCAGGAGUAUCCCGAGGUCUGCAUGCAGAUACUAGACUUCCAAGACAUUUCUGAAGUCUCUGGAGUGGAAAUAGCAACCAGUCUUUUGCAAUUGGAAAUUGCCCCUGACAUGAGGCCUGACGAUCUGGUAUGGACGACUGAACCAGAGAUUCGCCUGCAAGGAGGUAGUAAGCAUCUUCCUCGAAUAAAAGCAGACAUUCCGCGGAACCUUCGUUAUAACUCCCGCAAUCGUCGAAUUAUAGAACAGACAUCUCUUGACACCAAUAUUGUCAGUGUUGUUCCAGGCGAUGAGAGUGGUCAAUAUCACUUCCAGGUGUCAGGUAGCACCAGAAACUUCUCAGAUAGUUGGACUCGGUCUGACUGGAUCCUACUAGAAGUCCAGCACUCCUUAUUACAGGCUGUUUCUGUUGGCCAUUCGGGCUUCCUGUACCUUGUACACGGAAAGGUCCUGGGUACGCAAACAAAUGUUUUUGCUCUGAGUGAAUUUCACUCUUCAAUCGUCAAAGUAUCUGCCCGGUGGACUUUAUUAUGUUCUCCCGAGGGACCAGUGGAAUAUCUGGCUGCUCUAGCGGCGAAUUUAUUGGCAUCACGUAUUGUGUCCAAUGUACCAUCGGGGAAAACUGUUGUCGUCAACGAACCCUUUGAAUUUCUCAUCGGACCACUUGUCAGACAUUCUGCUGAGAGGAAUGUGAAUUUAAGGCUUACCACGACUGACAAAAUGCGAGUUAACGAGAAGAGUACUGCCCACUGGGUUUUGUUUCACCCUCAUCUAACACAGAGCAUGAUUAAACGUACCUUGGACACCAACAUUCACUCGUUUUGGAACUUAUCAACCGAACAGGGUCUCAACAGCUUCGGUAUUAAGUUGGCUGAAUCCCUUCCCGUGGAUUGCUUCAAGCGCACUCGUGCCGAUUUGCUGCGUCCACUCAGCAGCUUCUCUGGCGACCAGACGGCAUGUCAAGAGGUUUUUGAAACUGUAGCAGGCGGUGUUACAACCAAGGAUAUCGGCCCUUGCCAUUCUAUCAGUGUGUCAAGCAUCACGGAAGUCCCAAAUCAACUUGAGGAUUGUACUUUGCUAGAUUGGACGGCAGUUGCUUCACUACCCACGCUAGUUCAACCGAUUGAUUCAAUUGAUUUAUUUGCGGAUCAGAAGACAUACGUCCUUUUUGGCCUCACUGGUGACCUCGGCCGCGGAUUAUGCCGCUGGAUGGUACGGCACGGUGCUCGGUAUAUUGUUCUGGCAAGUCGAAAUCCAAAAAUUGACCCAGCCUGGCUGGACAUGAUGAAAGACGAAGGAGCCACUGUACAGGCGCACUCCAUUGACGUGAGUGAUCGCAGUUCUUUGCGAACAGCGCUAGAUAAAAUUCAAGCAAGCUUGCCUCUCAUUGCAGGAAUUGCUCAUGCACCCAUGGUAUUACAGGAUGCUCUUUUUGAGAACAUGGACUACGAAUCUAUGGAAGUAGUCCUCGACGCCAAGGUAAACGGCGCCAUUCAUCUGAAUGAAUACUUCGAUUCUGAGCGUCCUCUUGACUUUUUUAUCUGCUUUUCUUCAUUGGCGACUAUUGCUGGGAAUAGUGGGCAGAGUAAUUACACUGCAGCGAACAACUUCUUGUCUACAUUAACCGCACAGCGAAGACGUAGAGGGCUCGCCGGUUCAUGCAUCGCCCUUAGUGCCGUUUACGGAGUUGGAUAUGUUGCCAAAGCCGCGCGAGAAUCGGGCUAUGAACUCAACCCAUAUACGUUUGUCCCCAUAGGUGAGCAGGAUGUUGAUGAGCUAUUUGCCGAGGCGGUUGUCGCAGGUAAACCUCACCAAGAUGGAGAGCCAGUGGAAAUUAUUACGGGAAUCCCAUAUUUGGAAUACAAGAACCGGGAACACAUCACUCAUUUUGACGACCCGCGAGUCUCUUUCUGGAGAUUACCCAAUGAAGAAAGCCGGUCUGACCAUUCUUCAUCUCAUGGCUCUCUGUCGGUACGCGAGAAAUUGUUAGUUGCGACGGAUGCGAAUUCUGCAUUUGAUAUACUGAAAGAUGCCUUAGUCGGCAAAUUGAGGUCGACUUUGAGGCUCGCGAGUAACGAGCCUGUGGAUGAAGAGGGACCUCUAAUUGACCAGGGAGUCGACUCUUUGGUCGCUGUCACUUUGCGUACAUGGUUUUCCAAAGAAUUGACUGCAGACGUUCCUGUUCUCCGGAUCAUCGGCGGUGCUUCGAUUUCUGAGCUUGCCCAAAGCGUACUGAAAACGCUAGACCCAGCGAUGUUGCCACUGGUAUCAGAAAAAACAGCAGACGAAGAUGGUACUCAGUCUUCAAGAGAAUCAAGUCAGAGCGAUGAUGUCUCAUCCAACGGACCCGCGCUGACUCCUGAAACGUCAUCAGAAAGCGACAGUCUUGACGUUAAAGACAUGGAUGACUACGUUACCUUUCAGACUUCGACUACAGCAGACACUCUCUGCACGGAGACUACUCCAUUGACUGGAAAUAUUCUCUCCUCGAGUCAGAAUCAAGUACAUGAAGCGAGGAUGUCCUACAACCAGGCUCGGUUUUGGGCCAUGAGACCCCUUGUUCCGGAUGAGAGUUUCUUCACAGUCGCUAUUGGCCUUUGGAUCGCGGGUAACCUGAGAGUAGAGAAUCUGCGGGCCGCUGUGGCAGCCAUCACUCAAAGACACGAAAUAUUCCGUACUCGCUUCUGCAAUAGCGAAGACGGCGUCUCGUUGCAGAUUAUCUCGCCUACAUCGUGUUUACAGUUGGAGGAGGUUCAAUGUUCAGACAAGGCGGCUGCCUCGGAAAGGUUCAAAGAUAUAUGUCGCCGUCGGUUUGACCCAGCAUCGGGGGACACCGCAUGCUUUGUUCUUUUCAGCUGGGGGGCGGAAGAGCAUUUUCUCGCAAUUGCUUAUCACCACAUCAUCUUAGAUGGAGCUAGCUUCGAUCUGCUUUUCCAUGAGUUGAAUGCAAUGCACCAAGGCAUGAAGAACCUGCCAGAGCCAUUCCAGUAUGUGGAAUUCUCGGAACGGCAGCGAGCCGAAAUGGAGGAGGGCAAGAUGGCAGAAGACGUGGUAUAUUGGAAAACCGAGUACCAGACGCUCCCUCCACCACUUUCCCUUUUGCCCAUAGCCCAUUCUUCGUCCAGAAAGGAGCCUUUAUUAUAUGAUCAACAUGAAGCAACUAUACAGCUACCCCCGAUGUUGGCGACGCGCAUCAAGGAUCAAAGCCGAAAACACAAAGCAAAUCCUGUCCACUUUUAUAUGGCAGCGCUUAAUGUUUUGCUAGCUCGAUUUACGGCAGCCGAAGAUGUAUGCAUUGGUAUGGCACAUGAUGGACGUAACAGCGAAAGUGACGCCAAGACCAUGGGCCUGUUUCUGAACUUACUACCCAUACGACUUUCUUUUUCGCGAGAGCAGAGCUUCGGAGAGAUGGUUACGCAAUGCAAGAUGAAGAUUCGCACGGCAGUUGCUCAUAACAGACUGCCGUUUGAUGCGCUUGUGCAGAUGCUCAACGUCCCUCGCAGCUCCUUCCACACGCCUCUGUUCCAGGCUUUUCUAGAUUACAGAAAGGGACGGGCUGAUCUCAGAAGAGAUCCGGCAAUGAUUAAGCCAGGAAUGCUCCACGUCGCGGGAAUCGAGACGUCUCGCAGCAGAACGGCAUACGACCUAUCUUUGGAAGUGAAUGAUGAGCCACUAGAAACGACUAUUAGGAUGAAAACUCAAAGGUCGUCAUACCCCCCAGAGGCGGCUUCGUUACUUCUCAACAGCUUCGUGAAUCUCUUGUCGACAUUUUCACGGAAUCCAGCUCUAUCGAUGGGAGGUGUAAGAAUGUUUUCAAAGACUGAUAUAGAUAAGGCUGUGAAAGUUGGACAAGGAGAAAUCCGGGAAACUUCAUCUCCAUCAUUAAUGCACACUAUUCGUUCAUACUGUCAAAAUACACCCGACAAUGUAGCCUUGGAGGGCUCUGAGAGUUGUUUAUCGUACGCCGAGAUGGCUUCGCGCAUUGACGGGAUAUCGAGCACGCUUCUCAGCCUCGGCAUUGAAAAGAGCAACAACGUUGUGAUUCUCCAGCAACCUACUCCCGACUGGAUUUGCUCAAUGCUCGCUAUCCUGAACAUCGGAGCUGUUUGCAUUCCAGUAGAUCCUUCGUGGCCUCCUGCCCGUCAGGAAUCAGUCAUACGUUCUUCUGAUGCUCGGGUUGUCCUUACAAAGGAUUGCGACCAGUCAAACAAUGACUAUGAUGUUAUGAAAAUUGACCUCCGUUCUAUCUUUACAAGUACCGAGCCCUAUUUACAACAGCCCGCCACAAUGGAUUAUUCCGCGCCCGCCAUUGUUCUUUAUAGCUCAGGCACUACCGGCGCCCCGAAAGGCAUCGUCCUUACCCACGGGGGUAUCAUGGACCGCGUCGAAGCCAUGUCAAAACUUGAUCUAGUAAAGCCACGAGUCCUGCAACAAAGCGCCAUAACUUUUGACCAUGCAUUGACUCAGGUUUUCCUUGGUUUGCAUUUUGGAGGCUCUGUCUAUGUCGUACCCCGCGAAAUGCGCCGAGAUGCCAAAGCCAUCAGUCGUCUUAUCGUUGACAAGGAUAUCGAGUACACCAAAGCGACUCCAUCAGAGUACAAUAGUUGGCUGUGGGUUGGAUCGGACACUCUUCGAGAAGCACAAAAUUGGAAGGUUGCAGGAAUCGGGGGUGAAGUCAUUCCACGAUCGCUCCUUGACGCAUUGAAAUCAUUGAACCUUGACCAGCUUCGCGUUUUCAGUGAUUAUGGUCCAGCCGAAGCAACUCUAUCUAGUUAUCGAGUUGAGCUACAAUACAAGUCUAAUUCGGACCAACGAGUACCAUUGGGCCGUCAUCUACCCAAUGUUUCCACUUAUAUCGUUGACCAAAAUCGGCAACCUGUGCCUCUGGGUUGGCCAGGUGAAAUCCUCAUAGGAGGUCCCGGUAUAAGCUCAGGAUACUUUAAACAGUCCGAGAUGACCGUUCAGAAAUUCCUUCCUGACCAAUUCGCUACUCCCAUACACGCCGAACACGGCUGGAAAACGGUGUUUUUCUCUGGCGAUAGAGGCCGAAUGCGUGAAGAUGGGUCAUUGCUCUUUGAUGGUAGAAUUUCUUCGGAAAGCACGCAGGUCAAACUGCGUGGAUUCAGGGUUGAGUUGUCAGAUGUUGAACAAUCGAUAUUAGACAGCGCAAAUGGGCUGGUUACCUCGGCCGCCGUUACGCUUCGAGGCAAGGAAAUUGAUCAGAAAUUUCUUGCUGGUCACUUGGUUUUCACUCCAGGAUUGUCCGCUGAGAGACGAGAGGCGCUUUUACGGCGACUACCACACCAACUUUCGGUACCUUCAUACAUGCGCCCAGCUAUGCUGUUUGCGCUUGAAGAGAUGCCCAUGACAAGCCAUGGCAAAGUCGAUCGUGAUGCAAUCUCUAAAAUCACACUUCCAGAAUCAUCAUCUGUCGAGACAUCCUAUUUAGCUGGACAAAUGGAGGCCAUUUGGGCACUUUGGUGCCGCGUCUUACCGAGAGAGGCAACCUUGUCUAUCAAGCCGGAAAAAGAAACCGAUUUUAUUUCCGCUGGCGGCAACUCUCUUCUUCUUGUCAAAUUGCAGGUAAUCAUACAUCAAGAAAUGCGAUUGGAUAUACCGCUUGCACAGCUUCUGGAGGAAACGACGUUGGAGGGUAUGGCCAACACGUGCGAGACAGCCACUGCACUCUCAGUAGAGCCGAUUGACUGGGAGAGUGAGAUCAUUCUCGACACUGAGCCAGUUGAAAUUCUCGAUCGAAUCGAGAAAACAUUAAACCAUAAAGAAGGUAUUCAUGUGCUCGUCACCGGUGCCUCUGGAUUCCUUAGUCGUCAUGUCCUGAAACAGCUUGGCGACAUGCAAAACAUAUCCCGGAUUUCCUGUCUCGCAGUCCGCCAGAAAUCAUUCAAUCUCUUGGUCUCCAAAUCGCUUCCCAAAGUUAGUCUCUACCAGGGUGACCUGACAAGCCCGUCCCUGGGUCUAUCAGCCGUGGAUUUCCAAGCUCUGAGUCAAGAUGCAGAUGUCAUCUUACACUGUGGAAGUGAUAGAUCAUUCUGGAACCCUUACCGCUUGCUUAGGUCGGCUAACGUGCUUUCGACUAAAGAGCUCGUACGUCUAACGGCGCCGAGGAAGACGCCAAUUAUAUUUAUUUCUUCUGGGGCUGUUGACGAUAUUCAGUCGGUUGCAUAUCUCUCUCGUCCAAACGUUACUGGGUAUCUUGCUAGCAAGUACAUCAAUGAGACACUGCUCAAGCAGGCUCAGGAAACAUUGGGCACUCCCGUGACAAUUAUUCGCAUGCUUGAUGGAGCUACUACCGGAAGAAACGACGACGCAGCGCCGGGUACCGUCAGCAUCUCAGAAGUGACCGAAGCCAUUUGUCAAAUAGGAUUAAAGUUAAGCAAACGAUUCCAACAUGCGGAUCUAUCCGCCGGAUCCUCAAUAUCAUUUGCCCGAGUCACAGAUGUGUCGAGUCUAGUCUGCAAUGAAAUACAACGACUGGCCACAUACCAUUCAGCGGAGAACGAAGGAGAUGGUCGAGAGGUGCGCUAUCAUCAUUAUUCUGAUUCGGCGUGUCUGGAUGGGGAAGGAUGGAGCACGCUCUUCGGACUUGAUGAUAGCAACCCACUACUUUAUCAGGAAUGGCAGAACUUGCCUGUCAUUCCAGCAACUGCUUGGUUCGGCGAAGCAAAGUUGAAUGGGUUCAAGUAUUUGAUUUCGUCACAGAUUAUCAAGGUCGACGAUAUGGUUUCUCGAAGAUAAUGGCACAAUGUUUGCGGGAACACAUGUUAUAUAUGUGGAAGACUGUUCGCAUUGAUAUACCUUUAGGAAAUUACCU